AUGAGAACGCUUGCUGUCUUACAAGAAGAGACGAAUAUCACUCUGAACACUGUAGACAGUAUCGACUCCUUUUCGCAUGAGAUCACAAAUGGACACUGGGAUACGGUACUGAAGAUAAUACAGCCGCUCAAACUACCUGCCAAGAAGCUCAUAGAUUUGUACGAGUUGAUGGUUAUUGAAUUGGUCGAGCUUCGUGAGUUAGCAACCGCUCGUCUCAUUGCUAGGCAAACAGAUCCAAUGCAUCUUCUCAAACAGAUGGAUCCAGAAAGAUAUGCGAGGUUGGAUAACUUGAUAAAUCGGCCGUACUUCGAUCCUGGCGAAGUGUUUGGUGACAUGAGCAAGGAAAAACGUCGGCAGGCAAUCGCCAAUUCGUUGGCUAGCGAAGUAAAUGUGGUACCACCAUCACGUCUUCUAGCGCUGCUGCAACAGUCUCUCAAAUGGCAGCUUCAUCAAGGUCUACUACCUCCAGGAACGCAGAUUGAUCUUUUCCGUGGAAAGGCAGCCAUGAGAGAACAAGAAGAUGAGCGCUAUCCGACGCAGCUGGCAAGACACAUCAAAUUUGGUGCAACAAGCUAUCCACUUUCUACGGUCUUCUCACCUGAUGGUCAGUUUCUUGUUUCUGGAUCAAAAGAUGGUUUCAUAGAAGUGUGGAACUUCAUGAAUGGCAAGUUGCGUAAAGAUCUCAAAUAUCAGGCUCAAGACAACCUGAUGAUGAUGGAUGAGGGCGUGACUGCACUUUCAUUCUCAAGAGACUCUGAGAUGAUAGUUUCAGGUAGCAUAGACGGAAAAAUUAAGGUAUAA